AUGCUGUCUACAUCAAAAUUAGCCAGAGCUUCUCCUAGAUUAUUCCAAGCAUCCAGCAAGGCUUCUCGCUCAUUAGCCACAACAGCCAAUGCAGCACCAGCAACCGAAAACAAAACCAUCCUCGAACUUCCCAAAACUGUGGAGGCCUCUGAAGAGUUCAGUCAAGUGUUUGAAGUGCCCAAAAGAGUGACACCCACACACGACAUUCCUGUAUGCAACCUCCAGUUAAGAGGCUACCUCCCUCAACAGCUCGACUUUUUCGCAGACUUUGCUCGCCGUGCAGCCUUCCACAUGGGUAUGCCUUGCUCUGGCACUGUGCCAUUACCCACCCAAACCUCACGCUGGACAGUCAUUCGAUCACCCUUUGUCCACAAGAAAUCACAAGAGAACUUCGAGAGAAAGACACACAAAAGACUGCUCCAGAUCAAAGACGCUCAUCCUGACGUUGUAGAGAGAUGGCUGCGAUACUUGACAAUGAACGCACCAGCAGGUAUUGGUAUGCGCGCAACAAAGGUCGAAUUCGAAACACUGGGAAAGAAAUAA